UUAUUCCUUGCACCAAUACCAUAUUAUAUGUGAAACAGUGAAAAAUAUCAUCAUCUCCACUUCGAGCCACCUUUCGUUCAUGGCCAACUCCAAGCUUUUGAUUGCUUCCUUGCUCGUUGUUGCCUCCCUUUUUCUCCUCCAAGUCGCUGCAGCUGAUGUUCAGGACUCGCAGGCAAAAAGAGAUGUAGAGGAGAAAACGCUUCUCAAAAGGAUGGCUUGCGGUGGAGCGUGCACCGCGAGGUGCAAACUAUCGUCGAGGCCAAGGCUGUGUCAGAGGGCGUGCGGCACGUGCUGUGCCCGGUGCAGCUGCGUCCCGCCGGGCACCUCGGGCAACCUCGACUCGUGACCUUGCUACGCCAGCCUCACCACCCGCCGCAACAAGCGCAAGUGCCCUUAGAAGCUGCAAGUCGUUUUGGUCCCAGUGCGGUGUGUGUGUGUAUGUGUAUGUAUAUUUUCCCAGUGAAGGUUGUGCCGUUGCUAAUAAAACACAAAAUUUUACCUUAGUCAUUACGUUAAG